AUGUCAAUCAAUCUCAUCAGCCUCCCUUCAGAGCUCCUGAUCAAGAUAUGCCAGGAACUUCCACGCCCUGAUCUCAAAAGCCUUCGCCUUACAUCCUCCGUCUUGUCAUCCAUCGCAGCUCAAUAUCUUUACUCCACCCUGUAUCUCACCACCAGUCUCAAGAGCCUGCAAAGCUUCCAACAUAUUUCCGACAGCGCUGUCCUUAGAAAAUACGUCAGAGCACUCGAUUAUGACCCCCGGACAAUCUGCAGUUGCGAGUAUGAGCCACCUACCAUCGACUCUUAUGAAGACUGGUGGGAAGACCAUGCAGGGGAUUUCGAGCCGAUUGACAAAAUGAACCGGAUGAAGUUGCUCGAGCACUAUCCUGAGUCAAAGUUGAAGGAAUAUUACGCGAGAUGGCUUGAAUAUCUUGAGGACGAAAAACGGUUCACUUCAACAACAUACCCUCAAAGCAUCCUGCCCUCCAUGAUCAGCAAAUGUCCAAACCUCACAUGCGUAAUCCAGCCAGCAAUGCUGCGCAGAAGCCGAGAUUUACUUCCUGGUGUCGAAUAUUCGGAUCUCAGCUCCUUCUUAUCCGACUCCAGAUUCGCUCAGGAGACAUUAUCAGGGAAGUCAAUUGUUUCCAAUUCUAUCUCACAACCAGAGCCAUGGAGUGCCCUGGAAGCUCUACACCAUGCCGAAAAGUUAAGUUCCCUGUCUGCCUUCGACGGGGUAGAUUUACAUCUCCACAACUCUGAGUCUCAGGACAGUCUCCUUCCGUCGGAGCUUCCAGCUUUGAGGAAGCUAGGCCUGAUCGUCGUCCACAAAGACCGGUGUCGAGCUUCAAACUUCAUGACUCUGUUGUCCAGCUGUCCAGGUUUGCUGGAACUUAGACUUGUGUAUCGAGGACAUCUGUUCCUACAGCGUGAUCGACGCAACCUUCAGCUUUCGUGCAUUCUCCUCGCCACACAGCAUUGGGCAGGAUUGCGCAGUCUAUCACUAGAUCAUCUCAGGAUGACGGGUCUGGAACUGCGAGGUCUCCUUUCGAGACACGCAACUUCUUUGCGCUCUCUUGAGCUACAUUCUAUCAGACUCGAACCAGAAGUCAACGCCAAAGGCGAAGAACAGACCACAUCCUGGCUGGACAUAAUCGAAUACUUGCGGCACGACAUUUCCCUUACCAGCAUGCGAUUUUCUGGCCUCCUUUCUAAUGGAAGGAACGAAGCCUGGAGAGUCAGCGAAGUAGCUCUAGAGGAGUCUUUGAAAUGGAGAAUCCAGGCUUAUAUCUGUGGGAAGGGAGAUAAUCCGAUCAAGCGAGAUCCGAGCCGAGUUUUAAACCCGACACAAAGGGCCGUUGAAUAUGACACGCGUGGUAGAGAGAUACCAUUCAUCUUUGAAGAUGAGACAUGGUCAUUCUCACAAGUUGGGUUGCCAGUAGUACCUGGUCCAUGGUAG